AUGCCCCUUCCACACAUUUGUACAAUCUUAUAUUUCAUCUUCAUGCUUCGUUUACCAGCAAUAUAUGGUGGUCCAGUUGCCAAACCAGGAUGCCCAAAUAUGUGCGGGAAUUUGGCCAUUUCAUAUCCAUAUGGGGUCGGGUCGAAUUGCUCGCUCGACCCGUCCUUUACCAUUAGCUGCAACACUGCCACAGAGCCUCCGAAGGCGUACCUUUCAAUCAUUGAUAAACAAUUGAUUGAAAUAAACGAAACGUAUAUUCGGGUCAAGUAUCCGAACCUGGUUUCGGUUUGCUAUGAGUCUGAAGGUGAUUCAUAUAAUGAUAGUAUGAGUGUGAACUUGACAGGGACUUUGUGUUCGCUGUCCAUGUACACAAACAGGCUCACUGCCAUUGGCUGCGACGACGCUGUGCUGCAGUCCAACGGAACUUACAACAACGGCGGUUGCUCUGCCUUUUGUGAGGAACACAUCAACACUCAAACAGGGUAUUGCCCAUUUGAUCCUACUUCCAUCGGUACUGGUUGUUGCCAGGCCCAAAUCGUCGGAGAGACAGGUUUAGUGGGAGCAGAACUAAUAGACUUGAGCAGGAAAGUGCAACGUAGGAAGAAUGACAAUUGGGCGUCGGCAACAAGUCCACCAGUGGUGCGGCUGGACUGGAUUGCCGGGCUUGAAAACUGCAACCAAGCAAAGCUAAAUCCUACUAGUUACGCAUGUCGAGAUGAGAGGAGUUUAUGUGUUGAUGUUGCUAACGUCAGUAGAGGAUACAGGUGUAGCUGCGUCCAAGGUUACGAGAGCAACCCUUACCUUCUUGGAGGCUGCCAAAGUUGUUCAAUUGCAAGAAAUGGGUGCCAGGAUCAGGGUGGGAAACUGUCAAUUCCAUUUCCAUUUGGAAUAGGGCCGAAUUGCUCUUUGGAGCCAUCCUUUGAAGUAGAUUGCGAUACCUCCGCGAACCCUCCCAAAGCUUACCUCUCUAUUCAAAAGAAAGAAAUCACCCGCUUAAAUUUAUCACAGGACUAUCCAACACUUGGUUAUGCUUGCUACAAUCUCAGCAGAGAAUCAUUAUUAAGACGGAAGAGCAAAGCUUGA